AUGUCGUCUCUAGAUAAUACCAAUGAGACAGGCGAUAAAUCUGCAGAUUCGGUUAUCAACCCUAAAUCGCUCUACUUCUCCACAGAAAAUCCUUCCGAUACCGUUACAUCAUCGAGAAUAAUGGCGAGAGCAGUUUUCCUAGCAUUCUCUGAAAUUCUUCGUCGCAGAGCCAUACUUCCAAAAGAUUACUUUGCAAAAACUAAUAUAACUAAAGAUGUGAAGUGUACGGGACUGCGAGUCAAGAAUCCGAAAUCUUUGACGAUCGCCAGAAUGCUGAGCUCGAGCGGAAGAGCUAUCAAAGAGAAAUAUUUGAAAGAACUUUCUUUGGUGAUCAGUAACGAGAAAGACGACAAAGAAGCGAUUGAAGUUCACUCAAUGAAAUUUCAAUACUUGAAAAAUGGCGGAGUGGCAGCACAUUACAGCACAAAGAAUCAAAAGGGUCGUCUGACUACUCGGAAGAGAUUGCCUAAAAUCGAUCAAAUAGGAAAUACAAAUAACGAAACGAUUCACGAUCAAUUCAUGGGCAUUAUCAACAGUAUUAAAAAAAUCACGAAGGAAAAUUUGAGUCCCUUGCCAAACGAUUUCGAUGUCAAUUUCCGUGUCCAAUACACCGAUAAUGCACCAACUGACUACAAAAUCGAUGGGUUUGCUCACUCAGACGUCUUUUACAGCCUCCCGAAAAAUAUUCAAUCAGCGAAAAUCGGAAAUUUGCGUUCAGAUAACCACGAAGUUUUUCUUGAUUGCUCGAGUGUUUUCAUGAAAGAGAAAUUCUUCAAAAUGCCUAUAUGUUCUCCAAAAAGCACCGUCAGGAAACAACCUUCUUCAUCAGAAACUCCUUCUUCUCCUUCGUUAGGAACCAAGUUUAUGAACGAAUUAUGA